AUACCAGAUUAUUCACGCGAUUGUUGAAGGGGUUAAAACGUCUUUUUUGCUGUAACAACUCACAGUCGCAACUUAAUAGUUAUGUAGGCAAGGUGUUCAGUUUUGAGUGCGUGGUUUUGAAAAAUAAAUAUUUACGCUCACAUUUCAAUAUAUUUCGAGUAAAAUGGGAGGUGACAGUGAUAACAAUAAAUUUCCAUGGAAGUUAUUUCUGAGACAGGCGAUGGUGUGCAGUUUGGCGUGGACGUUUUACUUCAUGUUCGGUCUUGUGCUGGGAACACCGACUGUUACCAUUCCGCAGCUGCGGGCCAACUCCACGACUCUCGUGAGCGAUGCGAUGGCGUCGUGGAUAUCAUCCAUCGUCGGCUACAUCGGGAUGAUAUGGGUUUUUGUACUGACCAUUUCCGCGCACCAAUUUGGCCUCAGAAAGACUAUAUCACUGCAAGCUACCAACGCGUGUGUGGCGUUCGCCGUUCUCUUCUUCAGCCGGGACGCGGUACAAGUGCUGGUCAGCCAGGUCAUCCACGGAGCCACGGCCGCUAGCCAGACUUCUACCAUGCUACUUCUUCUCACAGAAUGCACCACCCCCAAAUACCGUGGCCUGUUCAUCACCAUCAAGUCUGCUUCCUUCUUUUGGGGCAUCUGGGUGGCCAACGCUGUAGGAAUAUACUUCCCGUACAAAUACAUAGGCUUACUCGGCGUCCUUUGUAACGUGUAUGUCUUUAUUAUCAUACUUGUGAUGCCCGAGUCGCCUUACUGGCUGGCGAAAAAGGAGAAGUACGAUAUAUGCGCUAAGUCUCAUCGCUGGUUGAAGGGAGCCGGCGACGAGUCGGUAAAGGAAUUAGAAUCUUUGAUAGCCGUUCAGAGGGAAUACAAAAGUUGCAGCAAGCCCAAAAAAUCGUUGCUCCAAUAUAUUAAAAUCUACUCUUCUGCUGUUUGCCAGCCAGAGACGUAUAAGCCGCUCGCUCUAACCUUUCUGAUGCACAGCAUGUACCACAUGUCAGGGAAAUUGGUGUUCACCAUUUAUUCUAUUGAUAUUUUAAAAAAGAUUACAGGUAGCCAGUCCACAGCCCAUAUAGGAAUGUUAGUAUUGGACGGAAUUACCGUUUUGGGGAUGUACACUGGAUGUGGUCUAACUAGAGUAUUGAAAAGGCGGACCAUGUUAUUGGGAGCAACGUCCAUAGCUACAACGUUUCUAUUCAUAAUAUCCGCCUACUUGUACAUGAUUCGAUUUGGCGUGAUAAUUGAGAACGGAUAUGUUUCUGUGGCAUUGCUGAUGGCGUUUUCGUUGGCCAUAGCCUGCGGGCCGUUGAUUAUGUCUUCGUCCAUUGGCGGUGAACUGUUGCCUAUACGGUUUAGGAGCUUCUGUUUGUGUAUAGGGGCGUUCUUCACUAAAUUAAUCUUGGGGAUCAGUCUGAAGAUCGCCCCGAGUAUUAUGAAAUGGUUCGGCACUGACGGCUCUUUUCUCUUUUUCGCGAUCACCUCAACGAUCCUGAUAGUAAUUGCGUGCAAAUAUUUGCCCGAGACCAAAGAUAAAACGCUACUAGAAAUAGCAGAACAUUUUAGGAAAGAGCAAGUAUUGCAAUCUGAAGUGGAGUCGCUGACAAAACAUAAUGUAAACCAAAGGCAAUUGUAGUUUUAAAUAACUUAGUAGGUGACGUUA